GUAUAAUAAUAAUAAUAAUAAUAAUAAUAAUAAUAAUAUAAAUAUGACGUUGAAUCGUAAGAAAGAAUCAACAAAUAAUACUACGGGAACAAAAGAUAAUACCGGGGAAAGGAAGACGAUUAUGUCUACGAAUAAUAGUCGAAAUAAUACAGGAGAGAUGGCAUCUACUAGUGUUGUUGAAACAGUGGUAUCAUCUAGCAGCGUCCUUGAAGAAGCUCAAAGUUUUGUCGAGAGGGAAUGUAGAAGUAGCGUAAUUGAAAGUAGCAAUACCAGUCGUGAAGUUAUCAUGGAUUCUAAAGGUAAUGUAAUACGCGUGAUAGAAAGUUCAACGCCAAUUAAAAAAUCAGCAAGGAGUAAUUUGACACAGAGAAAUGGUCAGACAUCAGAGGAUUUUUUAAUUCAAGAAAAAUUAUCCCUAAAACAACAACAACAACAACAACAACAACCACAACAUGGUCAUACUACUGUUGUUCAAGAUAAAAGAUCAGAAGUAAUGUCCUCGUCAUCGAGUAGUAAAAUAUUUGAGACAAGUAGCAGUUCAUUGGAUCAAAGUGGUGUACAACAAGUGUCAUCGUCAAGUAGUUCGAUGGAAACCAAACAAAUGAAUCAACAAUCUAAAGAAGAAAUAACGAAAAAUGGUGAGACAGUUAGCAACGUUAAAACUAUCCGAGAAUCCGCACAAAUGAUCGACGACAAUGGUAAAGUAUUGUCAUCUAAAAGUAAAAACGUUGAACACGAGACAAAAUUUUUACCGGCUGAACCACAACGUUCACGUGUCGUACAAUUUACCGAUGACGACGAGGCCAGGGAAACUGGUGAAAGUGUUGUCCUUGAUAUUACGACAAAAUCAGGACAAUCAACAACCGUAUGGGAUGGUACUUUUACGUACGAGGAACAAUCUACACCGAGUCAAAUACGAAAAAGUCAAGAAGAAAUGCAUGGUCAAAUGUUGGAUCGAACGAUCGACGAAAGAGGAGGAAGAGAUGUUGCGACUGGCAUUGAAAUCACCACUGGGUCAACUUCAAAUAGUACGAUUAUUAAACAACACACUACGCAGGAUACAUCGAAAUUAACUACCACUAGUAGUAGUAGUAGUAGUAACACUGAUGUACGUCGUCAAAAACUUGGUGAUUCAACUUGGGAUGGUCGUUUCGUUUACGAGAAACCUGUUCAAGCUAAAAGAAGAAGCAACGUAUCUGACAGUAGUGUUUUUAGGCAUGGCAAUCAGGACGAUAUCAUUGAAUCCACUCAACGCAGUGAUUACAAAGAAAAAUCAUUAGAUGGUACGUAUGAAAAGGAAUCGUCUGAUGUCGUUAAUAUUCGUGAAGGUUCAACCGAUACGUCGAAAUUUAUUUCACAAGAAAAAAUCAGUAGCUCGAAGGAAUCUCAAAUGUAUACAGAUCAAACCAAUAAAAAUCUUCAAUUUGAUAAGAAACAACAAGAUAUCGAUAAAAUGAUUAGACGAAGCGAUAAACGUGAGGUUGUUGAUGUACAAGAUAUUUCUGAAGAACAACAAAAUGUUUCUGAAUACGUUUCAACAUCUUACGUUGUCGAGUAUGCAUCUUCCAGCGAUACUAAAAACGUCGAAUUGGUAAGUUCAGUAUCAGAAACUAUUCACGAGGAAGACGAAAGUAUUUCAAGAUCAACCAUGAAAAAGGAUCGUAGUUAUAAACCAGGUGAAUCCACUUGGGAUGGUAGUUUCGUUUAUGAAAAAUUGCCAUCUAAAGUUGAUCGUCAUCGAAGAAGACCACAGAUGGACGAGACAUUUGUGAUUCGCGAUGUUACCGAGGAUCAUUCUAUCAAUGAAGCUGACAUCUCAACGACGUCUUACAUAGUUGAACAUUCCUCAAGUCAGCAAAGUUUCACUGACGUUAAGGACACGUCAUCGAUAGAAACUAUAGUUCACCAUGUUCCACAAAAGUACAUUGACAAGCCUGGUUCAUCGAGUUGGGAUGGUACAUUCGUAUUAGAAAAAUCGGAAGACAUUAACAGAAGACAAGGAACGAAUAAAAUUGAAGAGAAAUACAGUGACGUAUCGAAAGUAGGGGAUAGCAGUAGUAAAGUUAAUAUUUCAUUGGUAGACAGACCUAGGAAACAUGUGAGCGACGUUACCAUCGAUAUUCACGAUAAGACAUCCAACGAGACGUUUAACAACACGCUAACGCAACAACUACACGUGGAAGAAACGUUGGAACGUAAGAUAAGUAGCCAUGACACUUACAAUGACUCUACCAACCUCGAUUUCACUUCAACUUCCGCCGAAACGGUCGUAUAUAAAGAUGGACAACAACCAAACUUCAAUUCUAACGUUCAACGAACUAUCACGUUUGAAGAUAGACCUGAAACACCUGACACUGGAAGAAGACGUAUUACCGAACCAUCCGACGAAUCAUUGCAUGUUCAAGAUAGAACUUAUCGACCUACCAAACCGGGUUCUUCAACUUGGGAUGGUUCAUUUGUUUAUGAAAAAUUCGAUGACAAAAAAACAAGUUCGUAUAUUACGAAGGAUACACAAAACUUGACCAGUUCAAUUGAAGUCACAAAAACUAGUUCAACCAAUGAAAUUAUUGACUCCUCGAAGACUACGGAAGAUAUUAUCGAUGAAAGAAGACACGUCAAACAAAUUCAAAGACCCCAAAGUCCAACGGAUAAAUUUACUCGUCCCUCGAAACCUGGUGAUUCAACUUGGGAUGGUUCUUUCGUUUAUGACAAGGUACCAACAACUUCGGUAACUUUCAAAGAUGUCUCUACAGAUUUGACCAGUACAACACAAGUUUAUAGUUCAACGAGUGAAAUUAUUGAUUCGUCUAAAACUACCCAAGAUAUUUCGGAUAAAACGAUAUUAAUUAAGGAAUCAAAAGGACCCGAUGACUUAGACAAAAGACCACAAAGUCCUGAAAAGAAAGACAGAUCUGUUCGACCAUCUAAACCUGGUGCAUCCACUUGGGAUGGUUCCUUUGUUUACGAAAAGCCGCAGGACUUUAAAAAGAAACCAACGGAUGUUGACAAAACUUUCUCUCCUUCUCGUGAUGAUAAAAAAUCUGAAGAUGUCAAAGAUAAACCAGUUGAUCAGCCAAUCGAAAAGACAACGAUUUCAACAUUUGUCGAAGAUUUUCGCGAUGUCCAGGAUACCAUUGAUGUCACUGAUUUUACUACCUUUAAUAAAUCAGAUUUCAAGGAUAUCAGAAACGUCAGUGACGUAACUAAUAUUACUACGUUUAAAUCGGAUGUGCAGGAUAUUAGCGAGGAACGUGUCAUCAACGAAUUUAUUACGGAUAUUCGCAAGGACACUUUGAGAGAUGUCACUAAAUCAACGAAAGAAUUUAUCGAUACAGAGCAGGUGACUAGUAUGGUAGCUCGAGAUGUCCACGACGACACUCGAUUCGAGAAAAUCACCACCAGCUCAACUCCUAAAUCAACAACGAUCGAUUCAACGAGAAAAACUUCCCCAGAAAGACUUGGUUAUCCACAAGGAAUACCAGGAAUUCGGGAAGACGAUCGAACGAAACCAAUUCCAGCUGCUGGAAAACCAUCACGUCCACAGCAACCUGACAAAACUCAAACGGAUGAUUUCAAAAAGCCCGAUGGAAAAUCGCGAGAUUAUGUGUCACCAACUAGAAAACAGCAACCAAUACCAGCAGCAGGUAAACCAAGUAGACCGAAAGAAAGAUCACCGAGUCCGGAUAAACCUGAGAAAGUUGUUAAAUUGUUGAUUCGUCCAGAGGAUGAUAAAACAGUUGAGGAUAGACCCAGUCGACCAGAGGAUAGACCAGCAGCAGGGAAACCAAGUCGUCCUGAUGAAAGACCAGCUGCAGGAAGGCCGAGUCGUCCUGAAGAAAAACCAGGCUUUAAAAAACCAAGUCAUCUUGAUGAACCUGAUGAAAGAACAGUCGAAGGUAAACCUAGUCGUCCCGAUGAACCAGAUAGAAGACCAGCCGCAGGAAAACCCAGUCGUCCUGAUGAACCAGAUAGAAGACCAGCAGCAGGGAAACCAAGUCGUCCUGAAGAAAAACCAGGCUUUAAAAAACCAAGUCAUCUUGAUGAACCUGAUGAAAGAAUAGUCGAAGGGAAACCUAGUCGUCCCGAUGAACCAGAUAGGAGACCAGCCGCAGGGAAACCAAGUCGUCCUGAAGAAAAACCAGGCUUUAAGAAACCAAGUCAUCCUGAUGAGCCUGAUGAAAAAUUAGUCGAAGACAAGCCCAGUUAUCCAGAUUCCAGACCAGCUGCUGGAAAACCCAGUCGCCCUGAUGAACCAGAUAGAAGACCAGCCGCAGGGAAACCAAGUCAUCCUGAAGAAAAACCAGGCUUUAAAAAACCAAGUCAUUUUGAUGAAUCUGAUGAAAGAACAGUUAAAGACAAACCUAGUCGUCCUGAUGAACCAGAUAGAAGACCAGCUGCUGGAAAACCAAGUCGUCCUGAUGAACCAGAUAGAAGACCAGCCGCAGGGAAACCAAGUCGUCCUGAAGAGAAACCAGGCUUUAAGAAACCAAGUCAUCCUGAUGAGCCUGAUGAAAAACUAGUCGAAGACAAGCCCAGUUAUCCAGAUUCUAGACCAGCUGCUGGAAAACCCAGUCGUUCUGAUGAUAAACCAACUGUUCCAUUAAAACCCAGUCAUUUAGAAGAAAAGCCAGGAAAACCAAGACGCGGUGAUCAAACUCCGGACUCUUUAGAUGAAUCUGAAAUAACACCAACACCAUCGGAAAUUAUUUCGCGUAUUCCAUUGAAGGAACAGUGCAUUUGUGAACUCUGUACUUGUGGACGUCAUCGUUGUCCGCACAAUUUGCCCCAAGAUCAUUUAGAAAUUUCAAGGGAUGAACCGGUAUAUAUAGAAAGUUCCUAUAGGGAAGAAUUUAAUGAGAAACACGUAGAGAGACAACACAGAUACCACCAUGAGGAUCACCUCCACAUGGAAGGUGAAUUUGUAGGGGAGAGACGUAGCGAUUACGUGGCCACUUAUGGUGAGAGAGCACCUGUAAGGAAACCGCAAGACCAUCUGAAACCCGAGGGUGAGUUUAUUGGAAGGCCAAAGAUAGAAGCACCGACUAAAGGUGAAAGGGCACCUAUCAGAAAACCACAGGACAAUCUUAAACCAGAAGGUGAAUUUAUUGGAAGACCGGAAGAGGAAGCACCUAAGUAUGGCGAACGUGCUCCAGUUGUCAAACCAAAAGAUAAUCUCAGACCCGAGGGUGAUUUUGAAAGUUUGACCACAACAGAGCUGGUGUUUACCGGGGUACCCGGCGAACGACCAAGCCCAGUACGUCGCAACACGUACACCAAACUUGAGGGUGAAUUCUUAGAUGAAACAACAACUAGAUCAGAAUUUAUUGAUCAUCGUACUAUCCAACGUGCUGAAAUUAUUAGACGUACGGAUAACCUCACCGUAGGAGAGGGUGAAUUCACGGGAACCUCCCACUUGAAAGAGGAUUUCCAUAAAUACGAUGUCGUUGAACGUGAACCUAGACGUCAUCGUCCAGUUUAUACGGAAGAGGAUGAUAGAUUUUACAGUAAAACUGAGUUACAUGAGAGUACAACAACUACGCAUGAAGAAUAUAAAACAUUUGAUGAAACUGAUUAUCUGAAUACUACUUAUAUAAGACGUGAUGAUAAUUUGAGACCGGAAGGACCGUUUGAUGGGGUGUCACAUGUUAAAGAUGAUUACAUUGUACCAGCAAUAACUCAUAGACCUGAACAGAAAAGACCUAAGGAUAACUUGAAACCAGAAGGACCUUUCGAGGGACGUCCAAGGGAUGAUUAUAAACCAACUCGUGGUGAGAGGGCUGAUGUGAAACGUCCAGAAGAUAAUCUGAGACCAGAGGGACCAUUUGAGGGACGUCCUAAAGAUGAUUAUUCACCAAAACGUGCUGAGAGACCAGAAGUUAAAAGACCUGAGGAUAAUUUGAAACCCGAGGGUGUAUUCGAAGGACGUCCAAGGGAUGAUUAUAAACCAACUCGUGGGGAAAGGGCUGAUGUGAAACGUCCAGAAGAUAAUCUGAGACCUGAGGGUCCAUUUGAGGGACGCCCUAAAGAUGAUUAUUCACCAAAACGUGCUGAGAGACCAGAAGUUAAAAGACCUGAGGAUAAUUUGAAACCCGAGGGUGUAUUCGAAGGGCGUCCAAGGGAUGAUUAUAAGCCAACUCGUGGUGAGAGGGCUGAUGUUAAACGUCCAGAAGAUAAUCUGAGACCUGAGGGUCCAUUCGAAGGAAGACCUAGGGAUGAUUAUUCACCAAAACGUGCCGAGAGACCACAGGUUAUUCGUCCGGAAGAUAAUUUACGACCAGAAGGACCAUUCGAAGGGAGACCUAGGGACGAUUAUAAACCAACUCGUGGUGACAGAGCUGACGUGAAACGUCCAGAAGAUAAUUUGAGACCAGAAGGUCCAUUCGAAGGUCGUCCAAGAGAUGAUUACGGUCCUAAGCGUGCAGAAAGACCAGAAGUAAAACGUCCAGAAGAUAAUUUGAGACCUGAAGGACCGUUUGAGGGAAGGCCAAGGGAUGAUUACAAACCUACUCGAGGUGAUAGAGCAGAUGUCAAACGUCCAGAAGAUAAUCUACGGCCAGAAGGUCAGAAAAAUCUCCAUAUGGUCCAGCCGAACGUCGUUCGCCAAUCAAACACCCAGACAAUCUUAAACCCGAAGGUGAAUUCACAUCGAGACCUAAAGAGAGAACACCAACGAAAGGUGAUAGGGCUGAAGUUAAAAGACCAAAGGAUAAUCUCCAUCCAGAGGGUGAUUUCGAACGUCCUGAACACGAAGAAUUUAGGCCAGCAGAAAGACCAGAAAUAAAGAAACCAAAAGAUAAUCUGAAACCCGAAGGUGAAUUCGAUAGACCACAGGUAAAGAAGUUUGGUCCUGCUGAAAAGAGGACACCAAUUAAACAUCCUGAUAAUUUGAAACCGGAAGGUGAUUUCCAAGGUAAACCUAAGGAAGAUGCACCGAAACGUGGGGAAAGAGCUGACGUUAAGAAACCCAAAGACAAUUUACGUCCCGAAGGUGAAUUCGAUAGACCUGUUAAGACUCCAGUCAAACCUGCCGAAAAACGUACGCCUAUCAAACAUCCGGAUAAUCUCAAACCUGAAGGAGAUUUUAUUGGUCGUCCUAAAGAUGAUUUCAAACCGACCAAAGGUGAACGUGCUGAUGUUAAAAAACCUGAGGAUCAUCUUAAACCUGAAGGUCCGUUUGAGGGUCGUCCUAAAGAUGACUAUGUAACAGUUCGUGGUGAACGAGUGGACGUUGUAAAACGUACCGAUAAUCUUCGAAUGGAAGGUGACAUCGAAACCUACAGAUCUCGUGACGAGUACACUGAUUUUAUGAUACGGGAACGUGCCGAGGUUGUCAAGUAUCAGGAUAAUCUACGUAUGGAAGGUGAAUUCACCGAUGUAAGAACCAGAGAUGAUUUCAAAGUUGUCAGAGGUGAACGAGUAGACAUUGUCAGGCACGAAGAUAAUUUGAGAAUCGAAGGUCCCUUCGAAGGUCGGCCUAAGGAUGAUUAUUCGCCCAAGAGAGUGACCAGACCAGAGAUCAAAAAACCAGAAGAUAACUUGAAACCUGAAGGUGAAUUUGAGAGACCCGAGAAGGAAUCGGUUGGACCAGCUGAACGUAGGUCACCCAUUAAACACGAUGACAAUUUGAAACCCGAAGGUGAAUUUAUUGGUCGUCCAAAAGAACAAGCACCUAAGAGAGGUGAACGUGCUGACGUAAAGAAACCCAAGGAUAAUUUGAAACCAGAAGGAGACUUUGAAAGGCCUGAGAAAAAACCUGUUGGUCCGGCUGAAAGAAGAUCACCAAUAAAACACGCUGAUAAUUUGAAACCAGAAGGUGAUUUUGUUCAAAGACCGAAAGAAGUAAAACCUGGCAAAGGUGAUCGUGCUGUUAUCAAAAAACCGAAAGACAAUUUGAAACCUGAAGGUGAAUUUGAUAGACCAGAGAAGACAACAGUUGGACCUGCUGAAAGAAGAACACCGAUAAAACAUCCGGACAAUUUGCGCCCUGAGGGUGAAUUCGUAGGUCGUCCUAAAGAUAAAACACCUGGUAAAGGUGAAAGAGCCGAUGUCACGAGACCCAAAGACAAUCUUCGUCCUGAAGGAACAUUCGAGAGACCGGAAAAAAGUCCUGUCGGUCCAGCAGAAAGACGUACACCAAUCAAACACGAAGACAAUCUUCAUCCCGAAGGUGAAUUCAUUGGUAGACCUAAGGACGAUUUUACACCGAAACGUGCCGAACGUCCUGUUCAAAAAAGACCGAAAGACAAUCUCAAACCGGAAGGUGAAUUUGUUGGCAAACCAAAAGAUGAUUACAAACCUAGCAGACCAGAGAAAUCCGAGAUCGUCAUACACCGUGACAAUUUGAAGAUGGAGGGUGAUAUUCACGUGCACAGAUCAAGAGACGAUUACGUUACAACCUCGAGAAUCGAACGAACGGAUGUUAUUCGCAGAGAAGACAAUCUCAAAGUAGAAGGUGAAUUUGUCGACAUUAAAAGACGUGACGAUUACAGAGUAACGCGUGGUGAACGUAGUGAAAUUAUUAGACACGAGGACAAUCUUCGUCCAGAAGGUGACUUCGAACGUCCAGAAAAAACACUGGUAGGUCCAGCAGAAAGAAGAUCACCUAUCAAACAUCCAGACAACUUGAAACCAGAAGGUGAUUUUGUUCAAAGACCUAAAGAAUCGUCACCUGGCAAAGGUGAUCGUGCAGCAAUCAAGAAACCUAAAGACAAUUUGAAACCAGAAGGUGAAUUUGAUAGACCAGAAAAAUCUCCAGUUGGACCUGCCGAAAGGAGAACGCCAAUAAAACAUCCUGACAAUCUUCAUCCAGAAGGAGAAUUCAUUGGUAGACCUAAAAAAGAAACUCCAGGUCGUGGAGAUCGUGCUGAUGUGAAAAAACCGAAAGACAAUCUUCAUCCUGAGGGUGAAUUCGCUAAACGUACACCGAAAAAAAUUGAACCAGCUGAGAAACGUGGCCCGAUUAAACACGAGGACAAUUUGCACGUUGAGGGAGAAUUUUAUAUCGUACCGAAGGAUGAUUACAGUCCUCAAAAAGUUGAACGUUCACCUAUGAAAAAGCCUCAAGAUAAUCUCAAACCGGAAGGUGAAAUGCACAUCGUACAAACUUCGAAAGAAGAUUACAAAUAUACGAAUGGUGAAAGAAUGGAAGUACGUCGUCACGAGGAUCAUUUGCGUAUGGAAGGUGAAUUGGAUGUUCGACGAUCUCGUGACGAUUACAAGAAAAUCACUAAAGUUGAGCGAGUUGAUGUCAAGAAAAGAGAGGAUCAUCUAAAAAUCGAAGGAGAAUUCAUAGACGUACGAAGAAAUGACGAUUACACUUACGUUGUUGGGGAUCGGGUGUCUGUUAAAAGACAAUCCGAUCAUUUGCGUCCCGAAGGAGACUUUGACAGACCUCAAAAGAGUCCCGUGGGUCCAGCCGAACGAAGAUUACCGAUCAAACAUCCUGACAAUUUGAAACCAGAAGGUGAUUUUGAACGUAGGACACCGGAAAAGGUAAAACCAGGUGAAAGACGUUCACCCAUUCGUCAUGUAGACAAUUUGAAACCUGAAGGGGACUUCAUAGGCCGUUCACGUGACGAUUACACGAUGAAACGUGGAGAAAGAAGCGAGGUGAUCAGAAGGGAAGACAAUUUGAAGAUGUCUGGUGAUUUCCAAGGUACCAGCAUGCAAAAGUCGACUUAUACUGUAGUCCGUGGUGAACGUGCUGAGGUUAAACGUCACGAGGAUAAUCUUAAAGUCAGCACUGAUAGUAUGGAAACCAAGACAACGAACAAGGACACGUUUACACCAAUCAAAAAGGAUUUGUCAACUGGUGAUAGACAAGUAAGUCGAAGACGUCAUAUGGAAUCAUCGAUAAGUUUAGGUGACGAUACUAGCGUCAUGACAACAACUAAUCAAAAGAAUUACAAUACGUAUACCAAACGUACUGGUAAAGAAGUUGCCGCACAAAUCAGUAAUAUUGGAUCAGAAACUUGGACGAGUGGCAGUGACGUUAAAAAGACAACCUCAUCAGUUCAAUCCGAUCAACGUGUUUCUUCAGCUCACACUGCACAUCAUCAGACAAUCAUUGAUCGUCGUAAUGUAUCAGCAAUGAACAACGAACAACGUUUACAUACAACUCAUCAUCAUCAUCAACAACAUCAACAGCAACAGCAACACUUGAGUGAACAUCAGCAAAGAAUGUAUUCAAACGAACAACACUCCAGAUCCCAAAAUGUAGUUCAAUCUCGACGUAUCAUAGAAGACAGAUCGUUAGAUCAUCAAUCACGUCAAGGCCAAAUUAUCAAAGAUAGCAAACAGAUUCAAGAUACUCAAAGACAACAGGUUCAGGAUAGUAAUAAACGGGAUUACGUUAAUUCGAUGCACAUUGAUAAACGUCAAACGACAAGUGCUCAGACGAAAAACAUCAAACAACACGAACAACACACGAUUUCUAGCCAGGCCAGAUACAACGGUAAUCAAGCGAGUAGUUCGGAAUUCAAACAAGCUAUCAGUGGAUCAUCAUCUGUCAUGGACAAUACUCAAGAAUCUCAAUCGUCUUAUCACAAAACGUCUCAUCACAGAAAAAAUAUCAUUUCAUCGUCAUCCACCGAUGUAACAAAUUCUGUUCUUCAUCGUCGCAGUGGGAUGACAACGUCAACCGAAGCACUGCACACAAUUUCAUCGACUGCUGCUGAUCAGAAAAAGAGUUUGUCGAAUUUAGCAGAAAGUGGACAAUACAUAAGCAACUCGAGUCAAAGUACUGACAGACGUAGUUACACUUCGAUGCAUCGUAACAAUAAAGAAGCCAAUCCUUGGGCAUCAUCUACUUACGAAAGACCCCAACGAAUCGUAAGACAGGACAAUUUAACUGUCGGUGGUAAAUUUUAUUCUCAAAGCGAGGCCAAAACUUAUGGCAAUUUUGCUAGCAAUCAAAAAGUCGAAAGAGUACACAAACAACAUACCAAUGUAUCCCAUAUCAAAUUAGGUGAUGGUAGUGCUGUAACAUCGAGCAUGUACAAAAAAGAAUAUUCCCCUAAACACAAGGGUCCUUGUCCUGCAUCCCUCAUUGAAUCCAAACAAACACCCUUCAAACAUACGCGUGACACCCCUAAACAUAAAUUUUACAUGCCAGUUGUAUCCAAUUAAAAUCGAGAUUUACUUGACGAAUCUCUGUCAUAGUUUCAUCUAUGAUUUUGUUGUUGUUGUUGAUCUAUGACACAAGAAUAAUCCAACGAAAUUUUUUCUGAGUAUUUGAUCAAAGGUGUGCUCCAAUUAAUCCAUGACAUAUUUUGUA